GCAACUUCAGAAAAGCCCAGCCAGCCUUCUCUUCCAUCUGAAUUCGCUCUAUUUGUUGACAUUCCGUCACCUUUUCACGACAAUUGGCUGUUGCUCCGCCUUCGAAUCCCGCAAGGAAGACCUAGGCCCGCAAGGAAGAUUUUUCCCCUCAUAGAAAUGGCUAAAUCCAGACUCCUGCUAGUACUCUUCCUCGGGCUCAUCUGCAUCGCCCUCUGCGUGGCUGGAGCAAACGCGCAGGCGAAGGCGAAGCCAACCAAGGCGCAGCUGAAGGCGGAGCUGAAUAAAAUGGCGAGCACCAUCACGAAGCGCUACCCUCAAUACGCGAAAUACGCGAAAGACAUCAGCAAGUACAUCGGCCUCGCGUUGAACUCCAAGUACGACUUCUCUGCCCUCGCGGACGCCACCGUCCUCCUCCCCAGCAACACAAAAGCCGAAGCCCUCGCUAAGAAGCUCCCCGUUAAAAGCAGCAACAUCCGUACAAUCUACAACAUUACGGCGUACCACAUCAUCGCGAAAAAACUAACGGUUCCGAACUUUAAGGCCUUCAAAAAGGGGCGGCCGCUUCGUACUCAAUUGAAGCAGGCUCUGUACAAGAUCUCGGCUCAAAACGCCAAUACAGUGUCGUUCGCUAAAGGCCCAAGGGCGCCUCCAGCCACCUGGGCGACAAUCAAGAUCAUGAGGAUAUAUGCAGGACCCUAUUUCAUCGCACAUGCGGUGGAUAGAGUCCUCAUUCCCACUGGGACUAGAAUGCCCAAGUAGGCUACACGCGUGCAGGCUGCAGUGUACCCGAAUUUACUGUACCAUG